UUUCCGUCUGGCGGCAGCCAUCAGACGUGAGCCGUCAUGGGUGCGUACAAGUACAUCCAGGAGCUGUGGAGGAAGAAGCAGUCCGACGUGAUGCGCUUCCUGCUGCGGGUCCGCUGCUGGCAGUACCGCCAGCUCUCGGCGCUGCAUCGGGCGCCGCGCCCCACGCGACCCGACAAGGCGCGCAGGCUGGGCUACAAGGCCAAGCAAGGUUAUGUCAUAUACAGGAUUCGUGUGCGCCGUGGUGGUCGCAAACGCCCAGUCCCUAAGGGUGCAACCUACGGCAAACCUGUACACCACGGUGUUAACCAGCUGAAGUUUGCCCGAAGUCUUCAGUCUGUCGCUGAGGAAAGAGCUGGACGCCACUGUGGAGCUCUGAGAGUCCUGAAUUCUUACUGGGUUGGUGAGGAUUCCACAUACAAAUUCUUUGAGGUUAUCCUCAUUGAUCCAUUCCAUAAAGCUAUCAGAAGAAAUCCGGACACCCAGUGGAUCACCAAGCCAGUCCACAAGCACAGGGAGAUGCGCGGGCUGACUUCUGCAGGCCGCAAGAGUCGUGGCCUUGGGAAGGGCCACAAGUUCCACCACACCAUCGGUGGUUCUCGCCGUGCAGCCUGGAGAAGGCGCAAUACCCUCCAGCUCCACCGCUACCGCUAAUAGAGGGAUGUUUGUAAAACCCACACCUAAUAAACAAUUUAGGACAGUUA